AUGGAUCCCGGGGAGUCCAUACACCAGGAGGACACUAAGUCUCCGAUAAACGCUUCUGUAGGGACUGAAGACAGGGAGAAGUCUCACCCGCCGGCGAAUCUUGAGGCAGGUAUCCGUCAAGAUGAGGCUGUUGACGGAGAACCAGCACAGGAGGAGGAUAACUACCUCCAUGGAUUACCCCUAGUACUGAUGUCACUUUCACUCAUGGUUGGUGUAUUGAUGAUCGCUCUGGAUAAUAGUAUCAUUGCUACUGCUAUCCCAAAGAUUACGAGCAAGUUUGAUAGUCUGGGCGACGUUGCCUGGUAUGCAUCAGCCUAUCUCCUCACCCAAAUGUCCUUCCAACCUACCUUCGGCAAGAUAUAUACCUUCUUCAAUCUCAAAUGGGUAUACUUAAUCUCUUCGAUCAUCUUUGAAGGGGGCUCUAUUCUUUGCGCUGCAGCACCGAGUUCAGCAGCCUUCAUCAUCGGUAGAGCCAUAGCUGGGCUGGGCGCAGCGGGCGUAUUCUGCGGUGCCAUGAUCAUCAUUUCCAAGAUCGUUGAGAUGAGAAAAAGGCCAUUACUGCUGGCCAUAAUCUCCAGUAUGUAUGGCAUAGCGUCUGUCAUUGGCCCCUCGCUUGGUGGUGUAUUCACUCAUUCGAAGCAACUUACUUGGAGAUUUUGUUUCUGGAUCAACUUGCCUCUGGGUGCCAUAAUGGCUCUCAUAAUCUGUUUUUAUUAUCCUAUCUCCCUCGGUGAAGCUCCAGACAGCGACCAUACCCUCAAGGAAAAGAUACUUGGCCUCGGCCUCAAAAGCGCAGUGAUUCUUGCAGGAGCUCUAGUAUGCCUCUUCCUGGCUCUACAAUGGGGAGGCACCAAACAUCCUUGGUCCGAUUCACGGGUCUGGGGCUGUCUUGUUAGCUUUGGUCUUCUUCUGACGCUCUUCGUGUACAUACAAAUACGACAAGGGGAAGCUGCACUGAUCCGUCCUCGCAUCAUCUCACAGAGAUCCGUCUUCCUUGGAUGCCUUUUCUCUGCGCUGUAUCAAGGAGCUAUGACCACGCAGAGUUACCAUCUGCCGUUUUAUUUCCAGGCUGUCAAGGGAGUGGAUCCCCAAUCAUCUGGUGUUGACAUUCUUCCCCACGGGGUUACCGUCACGAUAGCCACUCUUAUUACCGGCUCUAUUAUCACUUGGCUGGGAUACUACGUCCCAUUUAUGUGGGCUGGCUCGGCCAUCUUCACAAUUGGUGCAGGUCUGCUGUACACGAUCUCACAAAACACCCCACUGGCGAGAUGGUUUGGCUACGAAGUUCUAGCUGGAGCUGGCUUCGGCAUAGCGAUCCAGAUCCCAAUCUUUGCCGUACAAGUCGUCUUGGUAGCAGGUGACAUUCCCCUGGGAACGGUGCUGAUCAUCCUAUCCCAAGCCCUGGGAGGUUCGGUGGGUCUGUCCAUCUCCCAAAACGUCUUCCAGAACUCUCUCCGCCAAAGGCUAAAGACAAUAGCCGACAUUGACAUCCAAGCUGUUAUCGCGGCAGGAGGGACUGAUUUGGAACAUGUCGUGUCGGCUGAUUCUCUCGCCCACGUCAGAGAUGCGUUUAGGUAUGGUAUCUCAAAUGCCUUCCUUGUAUCGACGGCACUUGGCGGCGUCGCCUUUUUGGCAAGUAUCGGAAUGGAGCGAAAGAAGAUCAAGUCAAAGAAGGAAGGAGGUGAGUAAACGACCUCGUGGUCGACCCUUGGAGGCGAUGAAGAGGGUGUAUAGCGACGGCUAUAUAGCCGAGCGGGGAAGGAUAGUAUGAGGCCGAUAUCAACUAUGAUGCAUAGAUAGCACGCAUCUCGAGCCUAUCUUGAUAGAAUCACAUGUUUAUUCGGCAUUUCU